CUGUGGUUGGCUGCGGCCCCUCCUGGCCAUUACGUUAUGCUUACUCCACACACACAGGCAGCUGGAGAGAGGGAAGACGUAAUGGUUUGACUCCCUGUGCACUUGCGAUGGUCGUCGUCCUGACAUUACUCGGCAGAUUCCUCGCACGGGCGGCGCAAUGAAGGCGGGGGCAUCGUCCAUGUGGGCGUCAUGCUGUGGGCUGCUGAACGAGGUGAUGGGCACGGGCACGGUGCGGGCUCAGCAGCCGGGGUUCGGAGCAGGGGCGGGGCCCUUCCGCUUCGCCCCCAGUGCUGGGUACUCCACCUACCCCCCCACCAGCUCAGGGAGCGCCGGACAGCUGUGCAAGGCCUGCGGACUGGCCUUCUCCGUCUUCAGACGCAAGCACAUCUGCUGUGACUGUAAGAAGAGUUUCUGCGCCCUGUGCUCGGUGCUUCAGGAGAACCUGCGCUGCUGCACCACCUGCCACCUGCUGCGCGGCACCGCCUUCCAGAGGCCUCGGCUCAUGCAGCUCCGAGUCAAAGACCUGCGCCAGUACCUGCUGCUGCGCAACAUCCCCACCGACACUUGCAGGGAGAAGGAGGACCUGGUGGACCUGGUGCUCUGUCAUCAGGGGACGAGGGAAACCCAGAGACCGGUGGUGGAGGAGGACGAGGACGAGGAGGAGGAGGAGGAGGAAGAAGAAGAAGAGGAAGAGGAAGAAGAGGACACACAUGAGGAGGAAGGGGAGGAGGAGGAGGAGGAGGAAGGGGAGGAGGACACAGACAGUCUGCACUCGCUCCCCCACUCGCACGCCGCCUCGCCCCCCUCCGCCACGCGCUCCACCUCUGAACAGUCGGUCCUCUCCGCCUCUCAGGGAGACGUGCUCAGCCCAAGUGACAGCUCAGGGACCACCAGCCAGGAGCAGGAGGACACGCCAACAGCGUCCCUCUUGAACCUGGAGCCCACUGAAAAUAUGAUAGAGGUCAGUCCGGCGACACAGAGGAGGAUCAGGGCCUCGCUGUCUGAUCUGGACAACGAAGAGGCGAUAGAAAACCUCUCCGUCCGUCAGCUGAAAGAGAUUCUCGCCAGGAACUUUGUCAAUUACUCCGGCUGCUGCGAAAAGUGGGAGCUGCUGGAGCGAGUGCACCGACUCUACAGAGAGAACGAGCAGAACAGGAAAUCCAUGGAAAAUGUGAGCAUAACUGCAGUGGUUGCAUAUCCUCCACCUCUCUGCAACAGUGGAGUUGGAGAUGGUGUCAAAGCUCAGCUGGCGGCCGAUGAAAACUUGUGUCGCAUCUGCAUGGACGCCAUCAUCGACUGCGUGCUGCUGGAAUGUGGUCACAUGGUAACCUGCACCAAAUGUGGCAAGAGGAUGAGCGAGUGCCCCAUCUGCAGGCAGUACGUAGUGCGGGCCGUGCACGUCUUCAAGUCUUAAGAAACUCUGAGCGCUGGAGCGGCCCUCGGGCGUGCACGAGGCCCCCCCCACCCCCGGAGCCCUGGGUUUGUCGCAGAGGAUGAACUGCUGUGCAUGACGUCUCACAGGGCCUAAUGCUGCAGCGGGGCGCGAGCAACCUCCCGGUCUUUGGAACCAGACUGUUGCCUCUUGCCUACCAUGGUUUGUCUCCCCUCCCCUCCUCCUUUACUAACUCAUGCUCCGGCCCCACUCCUCCUCCGUGGCGGACCGUCAUCAGCUGCACCGGGACACUCACUCUUUCUCUCUCUGGUCUAUUAAACACACAGCAGAAAGCCCCUGCCAUCACUUUCUACUCUCUGUUCUCUGUUUAGAUUUGACUCACAGGAGAGGAGAGACGGCGGUCCCGCGGAUACUUGAAGUGGAGCGGGUUCGUCGUGAAGCGGUCGGAUGAAAAAAUAUAAGAUCCCAGGGUUAGAGUCAAUAUGGUUUACACAAGUCAUGUCACAUGACACCGUGUUAUCUCCUUCAGUGUUCUCUAGGACGUGCAAUAUCAGAAAAAAAAAGAGACUUACAUGUGUUUUUAGAAGACGUCUAUUUCGUUAAUCCAAACACCACGUGCACCGGUCAUCUCGUCUCGCGCACAGGAGGGUGUAAGGUGCCAAACGUCAUGCCUUUGAUCGGUAUUUGGUUAAGAUUUCACAGUAUAUGCAUCUCAUAACCAGCAAGCUUGGUGUGAUAGUUUACUUCUUUUUUUUUUGUUUUCAGUCUCAGAAUAAUGAAGUGUGUACGAGUAAACAUUUGAACACCUGCUGCGUGAAGGAUGUGAUUUUCUCAUGGAAAAUGAAGUGAUUUCUGCUGAACAGAUAAUAAACCGCUGCGUGGUCACGCCACACGCUGCACUACAUUCCUGUUACAACUAUAGAGAAAGUUGGGAAAACAGCAGAUUGACCAAAAAGAACUGAACUCAAGGUCCACUUACUACAUUUUUCCCAGAUUUUGGACCACAUUUCACAGGCUUCUUCAGCAGCUACUCAGAUAUUGAAUGGCUGAGUGGUUAUAUGAUGGGGUGAUCAUGUGGAUUGACCUCAUCCUUUGACUGAGGAAGACCACCAAGCUCCAGAGACAGCCAAUAAGUGGAACUUGAGUUAAGAGUUAAGUUUUUCUUGUACUAGGCUAUAUUUAUCUGUCUUAAAGUCUCAUUCCUCUUUAAUUUAAAGGAACAGUUCACCCCUCGAGUCAAAAUUACGUACUCUUAAAUCCACUCACCUGUAGUUUUAUUGAUCCAUGUAGAUCAUUUCAGUGUGGGUUGCUGAGUUUUGGAGAUAUCUGCGGUAGAGAUGUCUGCCUUCUCAUCAUGUCCUGGUUACUCAAUAUAAUUCACAGUCGCUGCUCUGACAGAAGCGUACAUCCGCUAGUGGACAAGAGGCUAGCUGACUAAAUCAGCUAAGCUAGCGAGGAGGAUGCUAUGAAUGUUUACAUCCCACGCUGUUUGAGCCUAUUGUCCAUGAGCAGAUGUGGGCUUGUGCUUUUGACAGUGGAGGAUGUAAACAUUAAAGCUGUUCCCCUUGGCUAAGCUGUAGCAUUUGCUAGCUUACCCUGCUGGAAAAAACAGCAUAGACCAGCACCGAAACACAACACAUGGGCUUGCAAGUGACUGGUCACCACCAAGACCAGCAUAUGUUGUGUUUUGGUGCUGGUCUGUGCUGGUUUUUCCAGCAGGGUAUUUAGCUAGCCUCUCAUCCCUUAGUUGAUGCAGACUUGUAUGGCACAGGAUGUAAACAUUAAUGCUGUUGUCCUUGGCUAAGAUGUAACAUUAGCUAGCUUAGUUAGCUAGCCUCAUGUCCCUUAUUAGAUGUGGUAGUAGGAUGUAGGGUAGUUUAAAUAUUAACCGUCAUCAUGAGUUGCUGUACUCUUUUCAGUUGGGGGAUGUGUUUUGAUAUAAAGGAAAAAUAGUUAGCAAUUUAAUAUAGGAACUAUUUUCUUUUACCAAAACUACAUCUGCCAACAGUCUCAUUGCACAGAAGGAAGCUGCAUCUACCCACAAGAGGCUCAUGUUCAUGACAGAGAUGGAAACAACGAUGACCUCCUUGCCAUUACAUGGAACGAAGGCCUGUGGAUUAUCUUGAGUAACCGGGUUGUAAUUUCUGGAAGUCUGGAGUCGUUGCUGUUGAGUUUUCCUAAAUGUAUUGUUAUGGCACUCCGAGCACCACAAGCAGACUGCUGUCUAGUUCCAUUCUAUCUAGUUGGACCUGGGAUGGAUAAAUAGCACGAGAGAUGAUAAGAAACGUAUGUCUUUUUGAUUUUGGGGGUGAACUGUCCUUUUCUUAAAAUGACUUCCACCAAGCAAUACCAUUUAGUUUCCAAGUCUACCAAGUGUCUUUCUUUGAUUGUGUUUGUCCGUUGACUUGUCGAAUCUUAGCAGGUGCUACUUCCUCUUUCCUGAGUGUAACAUGAACACACCUUUUUAACGUCAUGUCGUCGAGGCGUCCUUCCAAAUAUCCAUCACACAGCGGGCGCUAGAGGAGGCCUGGUUUACUUUAACCUGUUAUGCAAAUGAAACACUUUUUGUUUUUCUUGUCAUGAGAUCCAGUUUAACUCAGAUGUCACUAAAAAUAUCUGUGUGUACAGUAUGCCUGUGGUAUGUUUAAAAAAAAAAAGAUACGAAAAGAAGCUGAAUUGCUGUUAAGUGAAAUCGCAUAGAUAGCUUAUAUUGUUGUUUACUGAUAAGUCAUUAAAUGUAUAUUUUUCCAUUUACUUGGGAGACAUGAUUUAAAAUUCUACUUAUAGCGGAGGUUUAAAAAUAAAAAAAAAAAGUAUAUACCGUUUAUUUCAGAAUGUAUUUCUGCUGGUUUUGGUCAGACGAGUUCAUGCCACUCUCUCACCAUUAAAGUUGCGUCAGUCACGGUCUCGCUUUCUAGCACUUUUUGUUGCCGUCUGCUUCAGAUCCAAAAAAAAAAA